AUGAACACUCAUUACCUGACGACUUCGCGUACCAAUCCGCAGUUUUACAUAUUCAGGCAAACUUUUAGCGAGAAUCUCGAUUGGCAGAAUUACGAUUUAGAAACUGUUCAGCAGGCUGCCUGGCAGGAGUUUUGGGAACUCGAGGGUCAGGAACUAGUAGAGCAAAAGUGGCACAAACGUUUUCCCGAAUACAGGGAACAAAUCGAAGCUGUAAAUUCAGAAGAGCAAGCGCUUUGGCGCGAACUGUGGGAAAAACACGUAAAUAGUUUAAAUGCCAAAUUUUGGCACAUACUUUCCUGUGCUUUUGAAAACUAUCAGACCGAUUUGGCCAAAUCUUUUGGACAGCAAGUAACUUUUGGUGAUGUUGAGGAAGGUUUUGAAAACUUAAACGUAUCGGAAAAGGAAAGAAAGAAAAAAAAAAAGUCAAAGAAACUUAUAGAAAAAGUCGAUGAUGACACCCUUUCAGGAGUCAACGACUCCUUUUUAGAUUUUAACGAGGAGGAACAGCUCCAGUUAUUGGGGUUACCGACAUCCUUUGGAUCCCGGGGAAGAAAAAAAUUAGAAAAACUAAAAAAAGAUACAGAUUCUAGCAGUAACACGGAAGAAGAAGAAAAUCUAAUCAUGGAAAACGAAAGCGCCAACCAACUUCAUGGUGUGCAGAAAGGUCUGAUAUCAAAAAAGAAGCAGCGGAAGCUAAAUAAAAUAAAAAACCUUUCGGCUAAAAUGCCCGAUUUUAUGCGGGACGAAAACCACAGCAAAAUGAUAAAAUACUGGAUGAAGAGGUUCUCUCUGUUUUCACGCUUUGACCAAGGUAUUCGACUGGAUCGUGAGAGCUGGUUCUCAGUGACUCCCGAAAAAAUUGCAAAGCAGACUUCUCGUCGACUGGCCUGUGAUCUGAUUGUGGACGCCUUUUGCGGCUGCGGAGGAAAUGCCAUACAGUUCGCUAAUACUUGCGGACGGGUGAUUGCCAUUGAUAUCGAUGCGGAGAAGCUGUCGAUGGCAAAGCACAAUGCUUGUAUCUAUGGGGUUUCCCACAAGAUCGAGUUUAUCCAUGCUGAUUUCUUGCAGUUCGCCGUUAGCACAAAGUUACGCCCAGAUAUGGUUUUUCUUAGUCCUCCGUGGGGAGGCCCUGAUUACCAAAAACAGAGCACCUUCGACAUUGAACGAAAUUUGCUUCCCGUGGGAGCCACCCACUUGAUGAAACUUGCCCGUCAUCUUUCGAGCAAAGUAGGCUUUUUUUUGCCUCGAAAUUCGAAUAUGAGUCAGGUAAUUGCCUUAAGUGGACCUGGAGGGCAGUGCGAGGUGGAGCAUAAUUAUCUAGAUACGCGAAUGGUGGCUCUAACGGCAUACUAUGGUGAAGGAUUGGUAAAGGCUAAAUAGAUGUUCAUAAAUCAGAUAAUUGAAAUUCUAAAUUUUAUUUUUAUUAGCUUUAAAACUCCUUACAUUUAUACCUAAAAAGGAAAAAGUUUCUGUAAAUAAAGUAAGUAAGUAUAAGGUUUAUGGAAUAUUUGCGUAAUUUUUAAUAAACCAAAUUAAUCUACGUUGUCCUGCAAAUAGAAUACGUACAAUAUUUAUAAGGAAGCUGUGUAAAAUUAAUGAAAUCCUAAAACAAAUGUUAUUUUGUUGAAACUUUAUACGUCUAAUUAUAAAUAAAGUUUAUAACUACGCGAUUUA